AAAGUGGCUGAUCUUUAUUUUUAAUGAAGAUCCAGACUGCUUCAGUAAGAACUCGGUCCUUUGUUCACUUCAUUUUACCGUGGAUUCAUUUACAAAUAAGGCACAAUUCGACGUGGGAUUUUCAGAAAGAUUGAAACUAAAAGACGAUGCUGUCGACUAUAUUGGCUCACAGUAAUGUUGCAACACAAGUAAGCGGGAUGGUUUUCAGAGCUUCUGCUUAAAGAGGCAAUAGUUCAGAGGAGGAACAAGAAACAUCUGCAUCAUCAUUAUUCACAUGGUUUAUUGAAGGAUGAUGGCAUCUGUUAAGGAGCUGCUUGCAAACUCACUGAGGGAACUAGUCCAAAAUGAUGUGAAGGAGUUUCAGUGGUACUUGAAGCAUCAUGAGUGUGUUUCAGCUUCUGAGAUGGAGAAUGCAGAUGUCUUAGACACAGUGGAUAAAAUGGUGGCACAUUUUGGACCAGAAAAAGCUGUGAAGAUCACAGUGAAAAUCCUAAAGAAGAUGAACCAAAACCUUCUGGCUGAACAGUUAGAGAAUGAGCAUAAAGAAGGCUCACACACAGAGAGCGUUAAAGCUGAUUUUCAUAAUUACAGAGAGAUCAGCCUCAGACUGAAAGACAAAUUAAAACAGGAGUACAACCGGAUAUUGGUUGGUAAUUCUCAAAUGGGUCAUCGGGAAUACCUGAAUGAUAUUUACACUGAUCUAUAUGUGGUGGAGAAUGAGACUGGAGGAAUAGUAAGUGAACACGAGGUAAGACAGAUUGAAUCAAAGCGCAUUCGAUUUUCUGCCAAGGACACACCGAUCCAGUGCAAUGACAUGUUCAAAGACCAUAUGGGACGACGAAACAGAAAAGUGCUGAUGAUGGGGAUCGCAGGAGUGGGAAAAACCGUUUCUGUUAAUAAAUUCAUUCUUGACUGGGCCGAAGGAAAUGAAAAUCAGGACAUACUUUUUAUAUUUCCACUCCCAUUCCGUAGACUGAAUUUGAUUACAAAAAAGUACAGUCUCAUGGGACUGCUUAACAAAUGCUUCUUUAGUGAUCCUGAAGAACUGUCCUCUCUUCCUAAGGAUGAUUCUAAGGUCAUGUUCAUCUUUGAUGGGCUGGAUGAAUGUCGCUUCCCUUUGAACUUUCAACAGGGUGACAGAUUUACAGAUAUGCAUAAAAAAACAACAGUGAGUAAGAUUGUUACACACCUGAUCAAAAGACAUCUGGUUUCCUCUGCUCUCAUCUGUAUCACAUCCAGACCAGCAGCAGGCGGUCUGAUUCCUCGAGACUACAUUGAUCAGGUGACAGAAGUGCGAGGAUUCAAUAAUGAGCAAAAAGAGCAAUACUUCAUCAAAAACAGCUUUCCAGAGCUUGCUGGAAACAUCAUCCGUCACAUCAGGAAAUCCAGGAGUCUGUACAUCAUGUGCUACAUCCCCCUCUUCUGCUGGAUCUCUCUCACUGUUCUUCAGCCUCUGCUGGCUCGAGAGAGCAAUGACAAAACACCCACAACUCUCACAGAGAUGUACACAAGCUUCUUACUCUCUCAGAAGCAACAGAUGAAAACAAAAUACUGUGAUGACAUUAAACCUGAAGUCAAGUCUUUUGAUCAGAUUAUUCUGAAGCUUGGGAAACUGGCCUUUAAACAGCUGCAGAAAGGAAAUCUGAUUUUCUACAAAGAAGAUCUUGAGGAGUGUGGACUAGAUGUCAGUGAAGGGUCAGUGUAUUCUGGGUUAUGCACUCAGAUCUUUCAGAUGGAAAAGGCUGUGUCAGAGAGAAAAGUUUACAGCUUCAUACAUCUCAGCGUCCAGGAGUUCCUUGCUGCUCUCUACGUGUUUUUCAGAUACAAAUGCAAUGGAAGAAACCCAUUUCUUCAAUCAUGGAGAGAAAAUUUGACAUGGAAACUCUCCAAAACAUCAUUAUUUGACCUUCAUAAGUCUGCAGUCAACAAGGCUUUACGGUGCAAGAAUGGACACCUGGACCUUCUCCUCCGGUUCCUGCUGGGUCUGUCACUGGAGUCCAAUCAGAGUGAUCUGAAGGAACUGCUGCCAAGACUACAAAUGAAACCCAAGAGUGUCAAAGACACUGCUGACUAUAUCAAAAUAACAAUAGAGAUGGAAGAAUCAGUAGAGAGGACCAUCAACCUCUUUCACUGUCUGAGUGAACUGAAAGAUGACUCUGUAGAGGAAAUCCAGAAGUAUCUGAGCUCUGGAAAUCUUUCAGCACAGAAUCUCUCCUCUGCUCAGUGGUCGGGUCUGGUGUAUGUGCUCCUGAUGUCAGAAGAGACUCAAGAGAAAUUUGAACUGCAUAAAUACUGCAGAUCUGAUAAAGCACUUAUGAGACUGAUGCCAGUGAUCAAAAACACCAGAAGAGCACUAUUACAGUCCUGUAAUCUCACUGAUCAGCAUUGUGAAACUGUGGCAUCAGCUCUACAAUCCUCAAACUGUGUCCUGAGAGAGCUGGAUCUGAGUAACAAUGACCUGCAGGAUUCAGGAGUGAAGCUGCUCUCUGAUGGACUGAAAAGUCCAAACUGUCAGCUGCAGAUACUGAGGUUGUCUGGCUGUAUGGUAACAGAGGAAGGCUGUGGUUAUUUGUCUUCAGCUCUGAGUUCAAACCCCUCUCACCUGAGAGAGCUGGAUCUCAGCUAUAAUCACCCAGGACAAUCAGGAGUCCAGCUGAUCAACCACAAACUGGAGGAUCCAAACUGCUCACUGGAGAUACUCAAUGUAGAUCAUGGAGGAGAUAUCAGAAUGACAGCAGGACCAAAAAGGUGUAUGUUUAAAUGCACACAUCUUCAUUCCAUGGAUUGUUGCUGCUAUUGUGUUUUCAUUGCUUCUCUGUUCUUGUGUUCAGAUGCUUGUGAUCUCAUUUUGGAUCCAAACACAGCACACACUCAACUCAUCCUGUCUGAUGAGAACAGGAAGAUGACACGUGUGCCAGAGCAUCAGCUGUAUCCUGAUCAUCCAGAGAGAUUUGAUACAUGGUGUCAGGUUAUAUGUGGACAGAGUCUGCCUGGACGCUGUUACUGGGAGGCUGAAUGGGAUGGAGUUGGGACAGAAAUAUCAGUGACAUAUAAAGGAAUCAGGAGGAAAGGAGGCAGUGACUGUCGAUUUGGAUACAACAACAAAUCCUGGAGUUUGUUUUGCACUGCUAAUGGGUUCACUGUCUGGCACAAUAAUAACGGAACUGAUAUAUCUGUCCCUUCACACCCCUCUAAGAGAGUAGGAGUCUAUGUGGACUGGUCUGUCGGCACUCUGUCCUUCUACAGCGUCUCUGACACACACACACUCACACACUUACACACAUUCAACACCACAUUCACUGAACCUCUCUAUGCUGGAUUUAGGGUUUAUGAUUCCUCAGUAUCUCUGUGUGAGAUUACACCAUAUAAGCAUAUGUACAACUCAGUAUUAAUGCAGAAUAUGGAGGUGAAGAACCAUCUGACACAGACAAAGAUUAAAAAAAAAAACUUUCAGUAAUCAACUUUAUCAACAGAUAUUAUCUGAAAAACAUAACACUGAUUACAUUCAGCAGAAUAACUUAAAGAGGUUGGCUGCAUUUACUAAACUGUGGAACUUUGACUCUUGCUGCUGAUUUGAAUGGCGAUGCUUCCCAAAAGUGUCAGUUGAUGGCCUUUCAUUUUUAACCAGAAAUGUGCGCGCUGCUUUUCUGAAAUGUCACUUGAAAUGUGUCCGUUUUGAAUUGUUGUGGUGAGACAUGAGGAAAAAAUAAAUUAUCAGUUGUGGGACUAUUCUGUCAUAAAUCGCAUAGCCUACCAUUAAUUUCUGAACUUUCUACCAUCCGGAACUGGAAAUGAAAUUACUGGUUGAUAUGUCCCGAUCUCAAUAAAGUUUAAGCUUUUAGUCCGUGAACUGUAUCUCGAUCAGGACGCGCGCUCUCUGGGGAAGUUUGGCCAGGAGUGCUUCCAGAAUAAAUCUAUAUAUACA